AGGAUGUAUAAGUUGUGUGGAUUUCUACAGUUCGUCUCAUUCUUAGCGAUAUGUUACUCGGACUUAGCACCGGUAAAAGUCACUGAUGCUCCAAUUGAAGAAGAAGCUCCCCUGCGUUGCUACACGACUACUAAGAAUGAUAGUUAUUCAGUUGAAACGUGUAAAGAUGGCGAGCUGUGCUGUGUCGGGAUGGUGGCAUUUCGUCUGGCUGUAAAUCAGACUGUUCCCAUCACAUUUGGUGGUUGUUUUCACGAAACAGGAACCUGCAGUGAGAACGGAUGUCUGCACUCAGCACAUCAACCCUCAAAUGCCUCCAUUUGUCUCUGUAAGGGAGAACUAUGUAAUCGGAACAUUACUUACCAGGCCCCCCCUUUGACGGACCCGCCCCCUCCUGCCCCCACAAGACCACCUCCUCCUCCUCCUUCUAAACCAGUCUGGCCUAUAGUCGGGGCCGUGCUGGGUUGUGUACUUCUUUGUGGAGCGUUCGGGUUGGUGGCUUACUACAUUCAUAGGAGAUACAUCAAGAUACACCAUCCUUUCAGAGAAUGGGAGAACGGAGAGGAUGGUGAACCGCUGGUCGCAACAUUCCCGAACGGGAAACCGUUCGGGCCCCAAUACGAGCAGGAGCAUGAGAUUGAAAUAAUCCGGGACAUCGGACACGGUCGAUACGGACAGGUUCAGCAAGCAAAGGUUGGAGAAAACUUCAUAGCUAUCAAGAAAUUCAGUCCUUACGACCGACAUUCCUUUAUAAACGAGCUGAUGAUAAUGAGAGAAAAACAGGAGAUAAACUUGCUGCACUUACUGGGAUACAUUGAUAAUCCUCCAAAUAACCAGCUGUGGUUGCUCACCGAGCAUAUGCCCUUGGGCAACAUGAGUGACUACCUGCGGGCCCACACCCUGACCAUCCCCCAAUCUCUACACCUUCUCAGUACCUUUAUCAGUGGUGUCUGCUUCCUUCACUCAGAACCUCAGCAAGUUGCACAUCGCGACAUAAAGACCCGCAACGUGCUGAUGUCAGAUCACAGGACAGCUAAACUUGCUGAUUUCGGUCUGGCCCUGCUGUUAGACUACGGACCUGGCGGAGCUCUGAACGAGAAGGCAGCCCCACCCACUCAAGUGGGAACUGCUAGAUACAUGGCCCCAGAGGUUUUGGAAGGCUCGAUGUUUUACCGGGAAGCAGAGGCCCACAUGAGAAUUGACGUGUACGCUUCCUCCCUGGUGAUGUGGGAGGUGAUGUGGCGGACCCAGCUUGAUCAGAGAGAUGUUGUGCCGCCCUACUUCCUACCCUUCGAGAGGCAGAUUCCGGGCAAUCCUUCUCCUUGUGAGAUGCAGGCACUAGUAGCAGUGGAAAAACAGAGACCAGAACUGCGGGCAGGAUGGGCCAACCACUCAGUAUUCAACAAACUGGAGAUAACCCUGACAGAAAGUUGGGAUAACGAUGAAAACGCCAGGUUAUCCUCUAAAACCAUCCAGGCAAGGAUAAUACCCCUCCUGUCAAACGAGAGUGACUCUGAGGUAUCUGUGUGAGGAGGAGGAGGAGUUUUAGAGGCUAGAGACUCGCAGUAUACUACUCACCAUACUCUCAGAUCAGUUGAGGUACAGAUCAUUGCUCGUCGCUCGAUCAUGGAUAUUGUCAGGUACAUUUCAUCUGCGAAAUAAUUGGAAUGUUUUGAACACGGUCAGUACGUGACUAAAGGUGAGAUCUGAAGCGAAAUUAAAUCAGUUAUUAUCUUGAAGUUAAAUCACUGAGUUAAGGACCGCGGAAUGGCGUUAUGUUCCGCUCGAGACAACGAAAAACUGCUGGCACCUUAUUUUUACAUUGGCUUUGUAAAUAAUUGGGCUUUGACUUUUGAGAUCUGUAAGACUCAUUUUAUACGGUCGUUGUAAUUUUCACCGGCUUGACUUUUAAUAACUUGAAUUUUCCUAAUUUUCUACAUAGCUCUCAAGUUUCCUUUUAAGCCUUAAUAAGGGAAUAAGGGAAUUUGUAUAAUUACAAUUUAUGGAACUUAUUGUACAAAUUUGUAAUACUUCCUGAAUUUUUACCCUGUCAAUAUAAACUAAAAAUACGGUUUAUGUCAAAUCCGACCAAACCUCCCCAGCAAAUACAGUAAUCUCUUAACAGCCUGCACUGUCAUUUAGUUAUCCAUUCUGUGGUAAGUCGCACAACUAAGUGAAGGUUAACCAAUCAAACUGUUAACGGCCAUAUCUCUAAUGUUUACAUUAAGAUACAUUUUCAUCCGCCAGCUCUACACAAUUUGCAAGAGAUUACUGUGUUAUGUGAUAUAAUAUAAACAUGGAAAUAUAUUUAUUGUAAAGUUUGCUGAUAAAUGAUAAUGAUGUUUUAACUUAUCAUUAUUUUAAACCUGAAAGAUUAUAACAUGCACUGAUAUAAAUUUUAUUUUAUGAGAUGCAGUAUAAACGACAUUUAUUAAAUUGUUUGAAGAGCACUUCAUCAUCCCUAUUAUAUUUAACAUAAUUAACACUAAAUACGCAUAAUUAACACUAAAUACGCAUAAUUAACAUAAUUAACACUAAAUACGCUCUCUUAGUGCCUUAGUUCUCACAAAUUUGAGCGACGGUUAAUUUGAGCGACCCUCUCGUUCAAAUUUUUCGCAUUCAAAUUAAUGGCAAAUAAAUUAUACGAUUGGCAGAUCAGAUUAAUGACAAAUAAACAAGUCCAAAACUCCCGCACAAAGAUACUCAAAUGUAUUGAGCCCAAAGUUUUGGCCGCAAAGUUUUGGGAACUAAAGUAUGGCAAAUAAUUUAUUUGUGUGAAAUCCUGAACUAACUUACCAUUAUUCUAAACCUGGAAGAUAUAAUGCACUGAUCUAUCAAUUUUAUUUUAUAGUACAUGUAUUAUAAUAAACGACCUUAAAUUCCUUGAAUUUUCUUGAAAAACUAUUAUUAAUUGAGUAUUAUUGUAUGAUAUACAAAUAUGUCGUCAGGGAUUUGAAACCAUAAUC